UAACGAUGCGCGUCUCUUAGCCGUUUGACGUUUUUCAUUGGUCCUUCGUUCGUACCGACUAACGACGCUUGAUUACAUUGUUCACUGCCCGCCAAUUUGCGCGUCUGUUCACUGUUUACUGUUGUAGGCACGCACAUCGGCACAUUAAAGUGGCGUCUCUCCUCUCUGUUGGUUGUUUCAUUUUUCAUGUUGUUUUCAUUUUUGAAUUAAAUUGAAAUUUGUCUUUAAUUAAUAGUGAAUGAAGUGCGUCCUAUAACCGUCUGUUACUAGUUCAUCGUAAAUAAUAAAUGUAGCUAACUGCAUUAACCGCUGAAGUUUGUCGCGUUUAGUCUCCGAGUGCCGACGUUUGUACUUUUUGGUUUCUCUGGUCCAUGAUUGUUUGAAGAACCAUUAAUCAUGAGUCAAAUGCACCUACAUAGUGAAAACUUCGAUUUGUGCAGAGUUUGCCUGUUGGAACCCGAGUCCGACAGAAGUAUGAGAUUCGUUCACAUUUUUACGACUGUUCACGGAGAUUUUAUAUUGAAGAAACAAUUGGAAGAAUUAUUAGGAAUUAAAGUUGAAGCAAAUGAUGUAAAACCCAAAAUGGUUUGCGAUAGCUGCUUUAAAUCAUUAUUUAGUUUUCAUGAGAUGAAAAAGAAAGCAGCGGAAUCUAAAAUCGUCAUCAAUUACAUCGCUUUAAAAAAAUUUGGUGCUACUAACCCUGGAACGUCUAAGGAAUUAAACUCAUCACAGAAUUUGAGUGAUAACAAACAAUCAGUUAUUUACCAGAGGAAUUUAAAUGACCCUUGUAGUAGUGGUAGUAGUAGUAGUUUCUCUAAACAGGGUACUUCUAGUUGUUCACUGACUUUUAAUAAUUCAAAUUCGGGAUAUGUUGCUAAUGAAUCUGAUGAUGACUCUGUUCAAAUAGUAGCUUUAAACGAAAUUAUUAAAGUAGAUGAAGACAGUGAAGACAGUGAAGGCAGUGAAGAUGGUGAAUACCGUGAACCUGAUGAUAUAGAAGAUUUUUUAAGGGAAUUAAAUGCAAAUGCAUCAGACAACGAAGAAUCUGUUAAUAAUGAUAUUAAAACUGAAUUCGUAUAUACAUCAAACGAUGAAGAAUCUGCUGAUAAUACAUUUUGCUCGGAAGCAAGAGAUGUGCCUUCAACAUCUGGAUAUCAACCUAUUUGCAAAAAUAAUGAAAAUGAAAAAUUAUACUACUGUUCCAUCUGUAAAAAAGAGAAUUUGCUCAAUCAUGAUUGUUCUCGAAACAAUAAAAAUUUUUCUACUUGCUUGGUACCUAAUUGUCACAUUUUAUCAAGAUCAAAAGAAGAUUUUUUACCACAUUAUCAAUUACAUAUUGGUAUGUCUCCUUCAGCAGAUAUGUGCAACCGUUGUUAUCAAGAAAUAAAAAGUUCUGACCAUGUUGUCAAUGGUUAUCACAGACACUGUAAUAAUGUUAAUACAUUUAAAUGUUAUACAUGCAAUAUUAUAUUUCAUAAUAUGGGAGAAUUUGCCCAUCAUAAAUUGAAAAAACAUAAUGGCCUACUGAUGGACUCUAAUAACAAUUAUUUAUGCUUGUAUUGUGAAGAAUCUUCUCCUGAGCUUCCAGAUAUCAUUGAACAUAUUAAGCAAUGUCUUGAAAGUCAGGCACAAACUGGAACUACAAUUCGUAUGAAACUAAAAAUACCUACUACAGCUAAAACAGAAUUAAUACCUGUUGCAAGAAAAACUUUGAACAAAAAGAAGGUUCAACGUAAAAAAAGAAAUAAAAGAAACAAUAAACGUACAUCAAAAAUGGUACUUUUUACUUGUUUGAAACCUUCUUGUAAUUUUAUCUACCAAACCUUUACUUUAUUUAAACAACAUUAUCGUGAACAUUUUGGACUUGGGACUAAAUUGGUAUGUUGGCAAUGUUGUAAAGCUUUUAAUGAUUUGACUGGUCUUAGAGCUCAUCAAGUAAGAGAAGUCUGUUGUACACCUGGCAUGUUCAAAUGCACUGCAUGCCCUGAAAAAUUUGAUGAUAUUCAAUCUAUAAGCAAACAUAAAUAUAUAAAUCACGAUGCUACUUUAAUAGCCGCUAAAAGAAAUAAUAAAACUAUUUCGUGUGAGUUUUGUAAAUAUGAAAUUAAUGUAUUAGAUUUUAAAACUCAUGUGACCGCAUGUAAAAUGAAGAAUAACAUCAAAAAUACUGAUCCUCUGGAAAAUCAUAAAGACUGCUUUAAAUGUAAGUUUUGUGUAAAAGUGUUUCAUUCAAGAGUAUCCGUGUCAAAUCAUAUGAGAAGUCAUAAAUCAUCAUUAAAUAAAACAUCUUAAAUUUGUCCAACAUUCAAGAAAUAGAGUGUCAGUAAUAGAAUAUUACUUAAUAUAGACUAUACUAUUAAACUAGGAGUAAAUUAUUAGUUCUAUUUUAUGUUUUGUUUUAUAUUUAUAUACAUUGCUCUCAUUUUUUCCUUUACAAUGUAUAUUUGAAUAUUAUUUUAAUUAGAUGUAACAUUUAUUUUAAUUAUGGAAAAUAAUUUGUUCCAUAUAAUUUUGAAGUUUUUGAUUAGUUUAAUAGGCAGGCUAGCAACUAAAUUGACAUGAGAACAAAAUAAAUAUAUCAAAAAAACUGCUUAUAUUAGAAAGUAUAAAGGCACUUAUAAAUGUAAGUUUUGUAAAAGUGUUUCAUUCAAGAGUAUCCGUGUCAAAUCAUAUGAGAAGUCAUAAAUCAUCAUUAAAUAAAACAUCUUAAAUUUGUCCAACAUUCAAGAAAUAGAGUGUCAGUAAUAGAAUAUUACUUAAUAUAGACUAUACUAUUAAACUAGGAGUAAAUUAUUA